GACUGGGGGCGAAAAGGUCAGGGAGCGAAAAGACCGGAUACGAACAUUAUGAUGAGAGGCUCAAUGUUGCUUCGUUUAAAACCCUCUUUUCGUGCCUUCAAUGCCGGGAUUCGGUCGUUUUCAGUGUCGAGUCCAUCAAGGGCAGAGAAAGGAACUAUCGGCUUUGUGGGCCUUGGCAACAUGGGCCAUCACAUGGCACGCAACCUCAUCAACAGUGGCUACAAGGUGAUCGCGUUUGAUGUGAUGGAUGCACCGCUCAAUGCAGCAAAGAAUGCAGGAGCCCAGAUUUGCAGCUCCCCGGCAGAUGUAGCAAGUCAAGUUAAAAGGUGUGUGACCAUGUUGCCAUCCAGUCCGAAUGUGAUUGAAGUCUACACGGGGAAGGAGGGAUUAUUAAGCACAAGCCAGAGUGGUACAUUAUUCGUUGACAGCAGUACCAUUGACCCUUCAGUGUCCAAGGACCUAGCUUUGAAGUGUGCGGAGAAACAAGCUGAUUAUAUGGAUGCUCCUGUCUCCGGUGGAGUGAACGCAGCAAAAGAUGCUCUUCUUACUUUCAUGGUCGGAGGGAGCGAAUCUUUGUUUUCUGAUGCGCAGGCCAUACUGCAGCAGAUGGGCAAGAAUGUGGUGCAUUGUGGGGCGGUGGGGACAGGACAGGCGGCCAAGAUCUGUAAUAAUAUGUUACUGGCCAUAUCAAUGAUUGGUGUGUCAGAGGCCAUGAAUCUAGGAAUCAAAUUAGGACUGGACAAACACAUGCUUGCCAAGAUCAUUAAUAUGAGUUCAGGACAGUGUUGGUCGAGUGACAAAUACAACCCUUGCCCCGGCGUGAUGCCGACUGUGCCAUCAAGUAAUGAGUACAAGGGAGGAUUUGGAACUGCUCUUAUGACGAAGGAUCUGGGACUGGCCCAGAAUGCCUCAUCAGCGAUGAAAGCACCAACACCGCUCGGAUCCCUGGCUCAUCAAAUCUACCGCAUAUUGUGUCAGCAAGGUUAUAGUGAGAAGGACUUUGGUGUGGUAUUCAAGUUCCUACAGGAGCAGGAGAAUCGAUAAAGAAGUCACCAAUUUAGUGCCUCCUGUAUAUUGUCAAGCUGGUGGUGGGAGUAGUAUUGACCGCUAGGACUCAGCAUACAUCUAUUAUCGAGAUCACACCAAACCGGGCUGUUAUGCUGCAACAUUUGAAAAUGACACUUUUCAUUUUUGUGACCAAUUUUAUGAACUGAAUGUGUCUUGAUAUGAUCUGAUGUCGGUAAACUUUGUGAUUUAUGAAGACAAAUGAUAAACUAUGGACAUGUAGUUCUAUGUUGUCGGUGAACAAUUGGCUAUUGGUGUCAAUGUAAAUAACACGUUUUUGAUGUGUGAUUGCCUCAGUAUUAACUAAUACACAUUUCUUUGAAUUUCGUUUGCUACUUGCCUUUUGAACACUCCUCUGUCAAUGGAAUCUGCAUUCUAAAUCUGUAUUCUUAGAGUAACCGGCAUUGAAUUCACAAAUUCUUUUUAAAAUGUGUGCUGUGUUAAAUCAUGUAUUGUAUUAGACAAGGCAUCAUGUAUUGUCAAAGCGAAGUGGACUGUUUGGUUGUGUUCUCUCUGCUGCAUAGUCCUCAUUCUUACUAUGGACUCUUUUAGUGCAGUCAUGUUUCAUCAGACUGGCAAGGUUAUGUUUCCAUAUCAUUCAAUAAAUAUUUCAUUGAUGUC